GUGCGGGGCCUGGAGGGCGGUGGGCUCGGGUCGGCGUGAGGUGCUGUGGGUGGGCGGGGCGCGAAGUUGGCCGGACCGAAUGUGAGCGUCGGAACAGAGUGAGCGGGCGGACGGAGGAGCGGGAGGGAGCCGCGCGCUCGGACCAUGAGGCUCCGGCUGUGGCUGGUCCCUGCCCUGGUGCUGCUGUGGGCGCCGGGCGGGCUGCAGGCGCUGAGGCGGCCGCCGCGCGGGCAGCGUUACGAUGCAGUUGAAUCCAUGCUCUCAGACUACGACAUCCUUUCUCAGUCCAGUAUCCAGCAGCACUCACUGAAGAAGAGAGACCUCCAGCCUGAGACUCAUGUAGAGAGGCUUUUAAGUUUUUCCGCCCUGCGAAGGCACUUUAAAUUAUACUUAACUGCAACUGCUGAACACUUUUCAGAAAAAUUUCAAGCAUUAAUUGUGGAUGGUGAAGGCAAGGAGAAGGAGUAUCGCGUUCAGUGGCAAGACUUUUUCACGGGACAUGUCGUUGGGGAGCAUAAUUCCAAGGUUGUGGCACAUAUUGGGGAUGAAGACUUUACUGUAAGAAUCAGUGCUGAUGGAGAGGAAUACAAUAUAGAGCCUCUGUGGAGAUUUAUAGAUGACGUUCAAGAUGAAAGAUUGCUUGUCUACAGAUCUGAAGACAUUAAAGAUUUCUCACGUUUGCAAUCCCCCAAAGUAUGUGGUUAUUUAAAGCUGAACGAAGAAGAACUUUUACCCAAAGGACUGGAAGAGAGUAAGCAAAAUGAAGCAAGCAUCCACCGGGAGAAAAGAGCCAUUCCAGAGAGCUCCAAAGAUACGUGCAAGAUGUUGGUAGUGGCAGAUCAUCGUUUUUUCAAGUACAUGGGCCGUGGGGAAGAGAGUACUACUAUAAACUAUUUGAUUGAACUGAUAGACAGAGUAGAUGACAUCUACCGAAAUACUUCCUGGGACAAUGGGGCCUUCAAAGGUUACGGCAUACAGAUAGAGCAGAUUAUCAUCCACAGUGAACCUAAUCAUGUAGAACCUGGAGAAAAGCAUUACAAUAUGGCAAAAAGCUAUCCAGAUGACAAGAAAGAUGCCUGGGAUGUGAAAAUGCUGCUAGAGCAAUUUAGCUUUGAUAUCGCUGAGAAAGCAGCUCACGUGUGCCUUGCUCAUCUCUUCACAUACCAAGAUUUUGACAUGGGAACACUUGGACUGGCUUACGUUGGCUCUCCCAGACCUAACAGCCAUGGUGGCAUUUGUCCUAAAGCUUAUCACAGUCCCAUUGUAAAGAAAGACAUCUAUCUGAACAGCGGCUUAACCAGCACCAAGAACUAUGGGAAAACCAUCCUCACAAAGGAGGCUGACUUGGUUACAACUCAUGAACUUGGACAUAACUUCGGAGCAGAGCACGAUCCUGACAGUCUGCCAGAAUGUGCCCCCACAGAGGACCAGGGAGGGAAAUACGUUAUGUAUCCAAUUGCUGUCAGUGGAGAUCAUGAAAACAAUAAGAUGUUUUCAAGCUGCAGCAAAAAAUCCAUCCAUAGGACCAUAGAGAUCAAGGCCCAGGAGUGCUUCAAAGAGCGCAACAACAAAGUGUGUGGGAACUCCAGGGUGGACGAAGGUGAGGAAUGCGAUCCUGGCCUCUUGUACCAACAAGCUGAUCCCUGCUGCUCUGCAGACUGCAAGCUGAAAGAUGGUGCCAAAUGCAGUGAUCGGAACAGCCCCUGCUGUAAAGGCUGCCAGUUUGAAAGUGCCCAGAAAAAAUGCCAAGAAGCCAUAAAUGCCACUUGUAAAGGAGAGUCUUUUUGCACGGGGAACAGCAGCGAGUGCCCUCCUCCUGGGAAUGCUCCAGACGACACCAUCUGUGUGGACAUGGGGAAGUGCAAGGACGGCGAGUGCAUCCCUUUCUGCGAGAGGGAGAAGAACCUCCGCUCGUGUGCCUGCAACGAAACAGAUAACUCCUGCAAGGUGUGCUGCCGGGACGAGCAGGAUCGAUGCACACCGUACGUCGACGCCAAUGACCAGUUCCUGUUUCUGCGCAAGGGGAAGCCUUGUACUGUGGGCUUCUGUGACACAAAUGGCAAAUGUGAGAAGCAAGUACAGGACGUGAUUGAACGAUUUUGGGAUUUCAUAGACCAGCUUAGCAUCAACACCUUUGGGAAGUUCCUGGCAGAUAACAUAGUGGGCUCUGUGCUCGUCUUCUCCUUGCUGUUUUGGAUUCCUCUCAGCAUCCUCGUGCACUGUGUGGACAAGAAAUUGGACAAGCAAUAUGAGGAGAACACCAAGUCUCUGUUCUGCCCCAGUAACGUGGAGAUGCUCAGCAGCCUGGACUCGGCCUCCGUGCGCAUCGUCAAGCCCUUCCCCGCGGCGCAGCCCUCCAGCCGGCACCAGCCCCUGCAGCCCAUCGUGGCUGUGGCCGCGCCUGCGGCCGCCGCGGCUCCCAAGCAGGACCACCAAAGAAUGGACACUAUUCAGGAGGACCCCAGCACCGACUCUCAUAUUGACGAGGACGGGUUUGAGAAGGACCCUUUCCCAAACAGCAGCUCGGCUGCCAAAUCUUUUGAGGACUUGACGGAGCAUCCCGUCACCAGGAGUGAGAAAGCAUCGUCUUUUAAACUGCAGCGCCAGAACCGAGUGGACAGCAAGGAGACGGAGUGCUAGUGCCCUGCCGCCAAACGGCUCCCGCCAGCAGAAGUUCGUCUGGAUCUGAAACCAUUUCAUUUCUAUAAAUUCAAAUAUAUGUAUGUAUAUUUUUGUGAGGGAGUGGGAGAUAUAAGGAAGCGACCUACUGCAGAUGCUGGUCAUGUGUAUGACCUUCCUUAAAUUACAUUUAUUAGAGCAUUAUAUCUUUUAAAAACCGGAAAUCCAACCGGAGGCAGGCUUGUUUUUGAAGCUCAUUGGAUUUUUCUAUUUUCUCGACCUCUAACAUUUCCUUCAACCUGUGGUGCAGAACAAAAUAUCCUCCUGGAUAUCA